AUGAGAAAAUAUAUUAUAAGUUCCCCCAAGACAAAUUUAGUUAAUAUCCAGUUUAACAUAUUAAAUAAUGACUUAUUUUUUGAGUAUAAUGAUUCCGAGUGUCAUGACAACAACAAAAACAUUAAAAAAAAUGAAAUGAAUUAUCUUAAUAACCAUUUUAAAGAUCAAAAAUAUUAUAUAAUUUAUGACAAAUUUUUGAGAAAAAUUAAAAUUCUAAACGCGGAAAAAAAAAAUCAAAAUUUUUGUAAAAGUUACGAAAUUUUACAAGCUCAUAAAAAUGAGUUAGAACAAAUCAUAAGAAAAAUAUUUAACAAAAAUGCUAUUAAUGAUUAUUUAAAAAAAUUAAAUAAAAACGAACAAAAAAUCACAAAUUUUAUUAAAUACUUUGAGGGAAUUAUUACAAAAAAAAAACAAAAAAAUUGUUUAUAUUACGACAAAAAAUAUGCAAAACAAACAAAUACUCAGAUAAGUAUUCUUUUAAAAAUACUAUCUCAAAUUGUACACCUAUUAAAAGACGAUCCGAUUUGGGAAAAAAAAAAUUAA